ACCAAUUUUGCGCGUCUGGCUUCUCCUUUGUUCUACCCUGAAACUCCGCCUCUCCGUAUAACUUCAAAACACCAUGAUUCGCGGCGGUAGAAGCUACGUGACAUCGGCUCCUUCCUUCUCUAACGACGCAAAGAAGCUUCUUGUCUGCACAGGAAACACUGUCUCCGUUUUCAGCGCCGCCACUGGCUUACAGAUUACUUCGCUUGAAGGUCACACAGCUCAAGUGACGACUCUUAUCGUUGUUCCUGCUUCAAGCGCUGCUCAAAAGAUCCUCUGUUAUUGCUGGACCGCCUCACUCGACGGUACAAUUCGUCACUGGGAUUUCUCAGGACCUGAGCUUCUGCAAACCAUUAAUGCCCAAGUUCCCAUUUACUCUAUGGUCAUUCCUUCUCUAUUGAGUGAGCCUCAACAAACUGAUAAAAGAUAUGAUUCUAGUAAGUUAGUUGCUUAUGUUUCUGUUGAGGAUACUAGUCUGGUUAGAGAAGGGUCCACUGAGUUGCGUGGACACAUUCGAAGGUUUAACUUAGCUAAAGAGCGUCUUCCUCGUGGAGAUACCUUGAAAGAGACGGAAGAGCCAAAGUCUAUAGUUAUAUCUCCCUCUGGAGAGUUUUUCGGAAUCCGCCACAAGUGCAAAAUCCAUGUAUGGGAUGUUCCUUCUGGAGGGUCAGUUUCCAAGAAGAUGACGUUGCAUCACACUAAGGUUAUCAAUGCUUUUGCUUUUCAUCCCACGGAGAGGAUCAUAGCUGCUGGAGAUGUGACGGGAAGAGUGUUGAUUUGGAGAGGGUUCGGUAAUCGGAAACUUGCAUUGGGUAGUCAAAAGAAGAAUGCGAGAGCAAUGGUUGAUUUGGAUAACCCUGGGGUGAGAGAUGAAGAUGAUGCUGAGUCUUGCACUACGUGGCAUUGGCACUCUGCUGAAGUUAACGUCCUUAACUUCUCUUCUGAUGGAGCAUACUUGUAUUCAGGGGGAAGGGAAGGGGUGCUUGUUGUUUGGCAGCUGGACACGGGGAAGAAGAAGUUUUUACCUAGAAUAGGGUCUCCCUUGUUGUAUUUCAUAUGGUCACCGGAACCAACUCUUUCUUCUGUGGUUUGUGCAGACAACCAGAUCCAUUUGCUUAAAAUGCCUUCCAUGGAGAUCUUAAGGACCAUUUCUGGAAUCAAGCCUCCACCAUCAUUGCCUAAGAUGUAUGAAGGCUUGUCUAGUACAGUUGCUUUUGAUCGCUCUUCUGGCAUAGCUGCUUUGUGCACAGAGAAUUAUUGUGUUCAGCUAUACAAUCUUCUUAAUGACCGGGGAAUUUCAGAGGUUCAAGUUUGUGAGAGAAACCAUCAACCAGGCGAUGAAAUCACAGUUGUGGUGACAGCUGUUGCUCUUUCCCUGGAUGGGUCAGUGAUGAGUACAACCGAAGUGAAACUUCCGGAAGAUGGCAUAGGAGGCUUAGUGUCCCUCAAGUUCUGGGAGUCUGAACCAGACAGCAAAACAUUCACCUUAUCCACAAUCGUAUAUGAACCUCACAAGGAUGCUGGUAUCUCAGCCAUUGCCUUCCACCCUACCCGUUCCAUGGCGGUUAGUACAUCUUUUGGUGGUGACUUCAAGAUUUGGGUUAGCAACAGCGACAAAAGCCAGACGGAUAAGGACUCUAGCUGGAUAUGUCACGCAGUUGGCUCUUACAAGAAGAAGCCAAUGACUGCUGCUGCUUUCUCUGGGGAUGGCACUGUUCUAGCUGUUGCGGCUGAGAAUGUUAUUACGCUUUGGAAUCCGGACAAAAACAUUCUCUUGUCUGUCUUAGGGGCAACUCUUACGCCAAUCACAAAGCUCUGUUUCGCUGGGAAGUCUGAGUUCCUUGUUGCUGCAUCUCAUUUUCCAAAACCUGAACUCUCUGUCUGGAACACAUCAAAGCUGUCUUCAUCAUGGUCAUAUGGAUUACGCAUAGAAGCUAUCACUUCGGCAUUGGAUUCAUCCACUUUCGCUGUCUUGGCUCUAGUCCCAAAAAUUUUUAGAAAGAGUAAAUCUAAGAAGAAUGUCUUCCGCGGUAGAGAUGGUGCCAUUCUCUUGUUUAACGGAUCUGAUCCUAAGCCUGUAUCUAUAUGGACCGUAAUGAAGGCUGAGGGAGGAUCAAUCUCAUUUCUUGAAGGAGACAAGUCUCAGCUUCGUCUUGCAUAUGUAAAUGGGAGCCAUGAGUAUGUUGUGUUCGAUCCCAACAGUGAUGAGACACAUGAGCGUAGUGCUGCUGACUACGAGGGUCUUGUUGGUGAAGAAGAGACAGGAGAUUUUGGUUACACAUCGAUGUACGGAGAGUUACCUGACUAUGACAAGAAGAGAAAGGAGGAUGCUGAGUCGUUGGUAACACCGUUUGUAUCGUCAGAGAGACCGUGGGAAACUAUAUUCAGCGGUUCAACUCUAAACUUCCCGCCUCUUCAGAAGUUAUGUGGUGAGUUCUUUGAGUCACUAAUGGAGAAAAGUAACUCCGUUGUGGAAUGAGAGAGGCUUUACACAAACUAAGCCACAAAAAGAAGAGGUUUUUGUAAGGUUCUUAGGAUACAAACUGAACUCAGUUUGCAGCAGACUUUGGUGAAUUUAAAUUUUGAUAUAAAUCAAAACAAAAGCUUCUUAUUUAAUACUAAUUAUUAUUUAUUAUAAAUUAUGGAAG